AUGGGUAGAUAGAUUCUAAGUGUUUUCAUUGCGGUGAAAAUUGCUAAUCUUGUAAUUGAAAUACUGGGUGUGAAAUUUGUCCUGGAGAAGAGUAAUCAAAGGGAUGGUUUUCUUUUAGUUUGUGAAACUUAAUUUUCUUGUGAAAAAUGCUCUCAAGAUGAUACGACUUAAUGCACAUAAUGUACCUUUCCUAUAAACCAAAAGUCAGAAUUGACUGGUGACUAUUUGCAUCCCUGCAUUUCAUAGAAAGGCAUUUGUCUCGAAACUAAGAAUGAAGAUAAUUGUGAAAUCUGCAUAUAAGGCUAUAGCUUAUAUAAAAAUAUUGAUGGAAAUCAAUUAUGUCAAAAGUGCGAAAAUGAUUAUAAAACUUCGGUAGAUAAUGAAGUAAUUUCAACUCCUAUUAGAUGUAAUUUUACCUUUGACACCUAAAAAUCUUAACUUGUCCACAGAGGUUUAAUUGAAAGUUCAAUUUGCUCCAUAUGUAGUGAUAAUUGCUUUGAGUGUGCUUCACAAGCAGAAUGCAUCUCUUGCAAGAAAGGAUUUUAUCUUUACACAGGGUCAUCUUAAAAAACUACAGGCUAAUGUGUUUAAAAAUCUGGAAAUAGUGAUAUUAUACUUUACGUCGACAGUGCUCCUGAUAAGCUUACCUUAGAUUAGACUACUGGCUUGAGUCUUUAAGAUCCCUUCUAUUCAUUGUAAAGUGCAAUAGUAAAAGCAUAUGAAUAUGGUGCUAAGUAUUUGCAAGCUAUUAUCCAUAUAAUAUUAAUACCUGGAAAAGUUCACUCAAUGAUGCGUUAUGCUGAUGACUUAAUUAUACCUUAAGCCUUUGACUAGUAUUCUCAAUCAACAGUAAUUAAAAUUGAUUCAUUAGACGGGACGCAAGUAAAAAUUCUCUAUAAACUAAGAGAUAAAUUUAAUUUUCUCAUUGGAGGAGGCUUAGAGAUAAGAAAUGUUGUAUUUGAUGCUACUGAUUCAAUAUUGGACUCUCGAUAGACUUAUCUAGAUUAAAAUUUAAUAAAUUUGAAAGAAUAUUCUUGCCUUUAAGAUCCAUUUAAUAAUUGCUGUUAAAUUUUGAAGGACUAAAGUAGCAGAAACUUUUCAAUAAUUGGACCUGAAUUCUGUCUGCUGAUUAGAUAGCCGUAUUUAAAUUCAUCUCUUUCUAAUACCAUUUAGGGAUACCAUGUUUUAAAUAUCUCUGGAGGUGUUGUAUAAGAUUUCGGUAGGAUGACUAAUUUCUCUUAGAAUUCAUUUUGGGUCAAUCCACUGCUUAAAAUGUAAAAAAUGGGAUUGUAUCUAGACUUAGAUAACUUCUAAGGACCUAUUAUUAUUGAAUAGGUUAGCUUCAUUGAUAACCUUAUAGUAGAUCUAGAUUAUGAAUAAUCAUGGAAAAUUCUCAAUAAUGUAAAAUUAGAAAUUGAUUAAUACCAAAAUUAUGGGCCUAAAGCUAAAGUCUAGCAAGGAUUAUAUGCAAGUUAGCAGUCUAUAUAGAAUCAAUAAGAAUAUUGUCUCGGCUAUUAAGUAAAAAAUAAUCUAUUUUAAUAAAACUUUGGUUUCUCUGGAAUAUCUGGUGGCUCUUUUUAUUUUGAAUGCUGCAAUUAUUAGCAAAUUGAAGAACCUAAUGGAAUCAUUAAGCUACCCCAAUUCUAAUCAGCUAGGGAAGAUUCAUUAAAUUCACUUAAUUUAUCAGAUCUAGAAGAAGAAAGCUAUAGUUUGGAGAUGAAUGGCAAUAUUUACAUAGAUAAUACUGCUUCAAAUUAAAAUGGUAUAAUUAGUAUCAUUAAUGUCAAGAAGUUUAAAAUUAAGAAUGAUACAUUCAUAAACAAUACUGAUGCUUUUCUUCAAAAGACAACAGUACUUGCCAAAUAAAUGCUUCCUGGCUAUUAACCAACAGAUAAAAAUAUUGAAAUUGAAUUAAUGGUAGUUGAUAGUGAGAAAAGUUUAGCUAUUUCUCUUAUAAAAAUAGAGAGAUCGAGAUAUGUAGAUUUGAGUUCGAUUAUCUUUGAAUAAAAUUAUCUUAUUGAAUUGGAAUCUAGUUUGAAUAGAUCUCAAUGCAUAUUUCUACGUGAUGUUGAAGCUUUGAAAACUGGAGCAUUAAGGAUGUAAUCUUCAGAUAAGAAUCUUCAUUAAGCACAGGCAGCAUUUUAGGAAUCCCCUUUCAGUCUUUUUAAUAAAUUACACGUAUGA